AUGGAACAAUUGAUCGACCUAUUCCAACAGUACAACACACCGCGCUACGAGGAUGAUUUUGUCGAUCGCCUCAAUUUCCAGUACACUAGCUAUUUCUUCGCGUUCAGCACGCUGGUCAUCUCAUAUAAUACAUAUUUCGGCACUGCGAUCAGCUGUUGGGCUCCAGCCGAAUUUCGAAGAGGAUGGAUCGAAUACACGCGAGAUUAUUGCCUCAUCGAGAACACUUACUAUCUUCCACUCAACGAUCCGAACAUGCCGCCGCAAGAGGAACGCGAGCAGCGCAAACUGCCCUACUACCAAUGGGUCCAAUUCUUUCUCAUCCUCCUCGCCGUCCUCUUUUUCAUUCCUCACCUGAUUUGGAGGACCGUCAAUUGGUGGUCGGGCCUUCAUGUUCGCGCCGUCGUCAAAGCCGCGUGCCAAUUGGACAAAACGAACGAUAAGAAGCGGCGGGAGGAGAUCGUGAAGAUCGCCCAACACAUUCAUCGAUUCUCGGAGAGGCAAAAAUCGGGAUUGCUAUCGAUCGGCUUCUUCCCGCGAUCCAUUACCUAUCGAUGGGUGUCGCUCAAUUAUAUUCUCCUCAAGUCGCUCUUCCUCGUCAACAUCCUCUUCCAGCUGGUCCUCAUCGUUCGCUUCCUCGGCGUCCCAACAUGGAGCCUAUUCAACUUCACACCAUUAUUUGGAAGCGAUUGGGUCUCGAACGGAAUUUUCCCGCGGCAAACAAUGUGCGAUUUUGAGAUUCGCAAGAAGGGAGCAAUUCAGAAGUACAGUGUCCAAUGUGUGUUGAGUAUGAAUAUGCUCAAUGAGAAGAUCUUUAUAAUAUUGUUCUACUGGCUCAUGAUACUCGCCAUCACGACGCUUUUCAACAUCUUCUCAAGUGUUGCAGCGAUAUGGGGUACGAACUCGAUUCGCGACUUCACCACUCGAAUGCUCCGCGCUUCUGGCGUGUCGACGUCGUCGGCGGCCAAUGAGAAGGAGCCGCUUCUGCCGCCGUCGCAAUUGCACAUCAGCGACAAAUUUCUCGAUUUGUCCGAAGACGUCGCCACCGUUUUGCGAUUGAUCUCGAAAAAUGCCGGCGUCAACGUAUGCAGCGAUGUCAUUGGCGAAUUGUACCUUCUGAAUGCGAACAAAUCGAAUUGA